AUGAAGCAAUUAGGAUAUUAAUUCUUAGCUCUCUUAGGACUUGUUUCUAUUUCAUCUGUUUAUGUGACAGGUUUAUUUAAUAACAAGCUCUUCUAAACUCAUGAAAACUAGGCUUAUCUAGAGUAGCAAAGACUCUUAUAAUAAUCUAAUCGUCCAGCUGACUCUUUCUUCGAUGUCGAUCUUGAUCAUUUUGUUACAAAUGGAGCCUCCUCAACAUUUAAACUCAGAUAUUUGAUCGAUGAAUCAAAUGUUAAGGGAAAUGAUGCCCCAAUACUCUUUUACUGCGGUAAUGAAGCUGAAAUAACUAUUUUCUGGGAUAAUCUUGGCUAUGUUACUGAUUUUUUAGCUCAUUAAAUGAAUGCAGUAGUUUUAUUUGGGGAGCACAGAUAUUAUGGAUCUUCAAAGCCUAUGGGAGAUGAUAGCUUCAAACCAGAAAAUGUUAAAUUCCUGACUGUUGAAUAAGUAAUGAUGGACUAUGUCAAGCUUAUUAAAUCAAUCAAGUCUCAAGAUAAAUACAAGAAUAGUGCUGUUAUAGCAUUUGGUGGCUCAUAUGGAGGAAUGCUGGCUUCUUGGAUUAGAAUGAAAUACCCACAUAUUAUUUAAGGUGCUCAUGCAGCUAGUGCUCCAAUUCUUUUCUUCCCAGGUGCUGUAUCUCCAUAUGCAUUCAAUGAACUUGUUACAAGAACAUAUAGAGAUGUUAUCCCAGGAUUCGAUUGUAGCAGCGUUGUUAAGAAGGGUCUUUAACUUUUAAAUUCCUAUUAGGCAGACAAAACUCAUUACUAAGAUAUCAAGAAUGCUUUCAAUACUUGUGAUGGUCAACCUUCAUCUUCUGAUUAAGUACAGUUUUUACUUGAUUCCAUCCCAAGUGUUCUCGGAAAUAUGGCUAUGGUGAAUUAUCCAUAUCCAACAAGCUUCAUUGCACCACUGCCUGGAAAUCCAGUCAAAGCUGCUUGCACAGCUGCAGGAGUUCCAGCUUCUGAUCUCGAUUACAUUAAUUCACUUGCCAAAAUGUAUUUAGUAUUUACAAACUAUUCAGGCUAAUCUAUUUGCACAAAUCUUAAUGGAGGAAAUUAACAAUUUGCUCCUCCUGAUACCCAAGCUUGGGAUUAUUAAACUUGCCAAGAAUUUGUUACUCCAAUUUUCCAGAGUGGUAAGACUGAUAUGUUCUUGCCUGAACCAUACAACCCAGAUCUUAUUAUCUCUGACUGCGCUAAAAAGGGACUUAUUCCAUAAUUUGAUUACAAUUUGGACACAUUUGGAGGCAGAAACAUAAACAAGGACUUUGCUCAUAUUUCAAACAUAAUCUUCAGUAAUGGUGAUCUUGAUCCAUGGAGAGCUGGUGGUAUUCCAGAGGGAACUCUCAAAGAUAAUAAGGAUAUCCUGAUAAGAUUGAUUAAGGGUGGUGCUCACCUACUUGACUUGAGAGCUCCUAACAAGGAUGAUCCUUAGGAUUUAACUGAUGCUAGAACAAGUUUCACUGCUCUUAUUUAAAAAUGGGUUAGUGAUUAUGCUGAUCUAAUCAAGGCCUCACAAAAAGAAACUCUAUUCAUCCAAUGA